AUGGUCGGAAACUCCCUUUUUCUAAACAUCACUAAUCCUCAGCUCUACACAAGUGGCAGCAAAGUUGAAGGUAUUGCCCAAGUGUUAGUGAAGGACAGGCUUAACUUGGAGGCUGUGGAAGUCGAACUUUUUGGAUUGGCCAAGUCGAAAAACUAUCAAUACAACAAUGGCGUGCGCCUUUCAGGACAGGAGAGCCACAAGCUCCUCCAUAUCACCAACAAGGUCUUCCCGCCUCCACAUGUCCAGAAUGUGGCCAUGCUGAAAAGUUACACCUUGACCAGUGGCAGAUACAAUUAUCCGUUUGAGUUUGUGUUUCCCGGAAAAGAGCACGUUAUCCAGUGUGUGAAGGACAAGAAAAUCCUCCACAAGAGGGAAUACCUUUGGAACGAACGUCGUUACCACGCCACACUCCCCGGCAGCUUCUUCGAUGGAGUAAAUUUAAGUGAUUAUUGUUUUGUUCAGUACAGUGUCAAGGCCCGGGUGAAGAUGGCGCUGAGUUUCCGGUUCAACAUCAAGCAGUCGGUGCCGAUUUACUUUGCGCCCAGAAAUUCAGACAGCUUCUUCAGUCUAUUGAGUCUCUGCGACGCGUCGAGCAAAGACCUUUUACCCGACGAGAGCCACGCUUGCAAAAAAGUAAAGUAUGCUAUUGACAGUGAUUUGAAAAAAAAUAAAAGCUUUCUCAGACUGUUGUUUUCGUCGAACGCAGUGGAGGUACCGUUUGAUCUUAAUGUGCGAUUUAAAGAAGUCAUCCCAAUCGAAACCGAGAAGGGCACAACUAACCGUGUGCUCCAAGCAGGCAGUAGGCUUUCCAGAUUUGUGGAUCUUGACUUAUCUACAUCCUUUUCAUACCUGAACCUAAUGGACGCUUUAGGAAUGAACAAGUUAGACAAGAGAGGAUCCGUGCCCCCGCCUGCCAUUAAAUUUACUCACAUCGAGAUUAAACUUCUUCUGACAGUGAGGUAUCAAGGUACACGGGAAUCUGUUUUAGAAUCGUCCUUUGUCCUUCGCAAGCACCCUCUCGAGCUUCAGGUCGAUCUAAGCGAUUUCGAGAAGGUCGAAAACUACAGUCCCCUUCUCUCUAAAAAAUCACCCUCAAAAUACAGCGAAAAACUCGAUGAAAAUGUUUGCUAUCGUCUCAGCCUUGACCGCUCGUGGUGGGACUGUUAUGUGAGCGAUAUCGGCCAAACGUUUAUGUUAUGCAAUAUUCAUAAAACAGCCCGCUUGUAUAUUUGCUUGAGGAUAGCAUCUGCGGGCAAUCCUGCGAAAGAGCGCAAGAUUGAGAACACGUCCCCCAUUGUAUUUUACAGACAAGAGGGCCCGGAUGCGCCGUUGUACAACCAAGUGGAGCACCUUCCACGUUAUAUGCCCGCACCAGCAGACUAUGACGAUGAUAGCAUGACGGAUGAGAAAGGGUGA